AUGACAGAUUCAACAAUUGCGACCAUCUGGCUAGAUCAAAUGUCUAGUACUGCUGCUACUGUUGCUGCGACAAUGCAUCUUUCUCUAUGUAAGAUUGAUCCUUACUUAAUGAGAUUUAGUAACUCUGAUCGAUGUUUUGAUUACAUUACUCAUAUCAACCAAAUUGAAACCCAAAUCAUUCUCAUAAUUUCUUGUGAUAGUACAAAUGAUUUAUCUUAUUCAUUGUUAAAACGAUGUGAUGANACCAUCUGGCUAGAUCAAAUGUCUAGUACUGCUGCUACUGUUGCUGCGACAAUGCAUCUUUCUCUAUGUAAGAUUGAUCCUUACUUAAUGAGAUUUAGUAACUCUGAUCGAUGUUUUGAUUACAUUACUCAUAUCAACCAAAUUGAAACCCAAAUCAUUCUCAUAAUUUCUUGUGAUAGUACAAAUGAUUUAUCUUAUUCAUUGUUAAAACGAUGUGAUGAAUCAUCACGAAUUUCUGCAGUUCAUACGUUCUCACUUACACAAGGUACAACUAUCUACAGUGAAGUCCUUUCGAAUACAACUAAAAUGCAUGGUCCCUAUACAGAUAUUUCUGAAUUGUGUAAUCAGCUGAAACAAUUGCCCUACAUAAAAAAGAAGUGUGCAGAGAGAAAGGAAAUUUAUCGGCAGACCUUUUGGCUCGACUAUUUACCUGUAACGGCUUCUACUGAAAACCAAUGUUCAUCACCAAUCAUAGAUAAGACAGCUGUACGUCAAGAAGCUGAUUUUAUGUACUGUUCGUUCUUAAGAGAAAUUUUACUUCGAAUUGAUUCUACAGAAGAAGAAAUAAUUACAUUUUGUAGGCAACGAUGUGCUGGUAAUGAAAAAGAUCUCGAUGUUAUUGAAGAGUUCGAACUUCACUACGUAGCACAUAAUGCAGUUUUCUGGUUUACGAGAGAUACAUUUCUCUUUCGUAUAUUAAAUAAAGCAUUACGAGAAUUGGACAUAAAUAGUCUCUAUUCAUUGAGAUAUUUUAUCAGAGAUGUACAUUUACAGUUAGAAAAUCUACAUUUUGAACAAUUACUAUCAUCAUCACCGGAAACCAAUACUACGUCAAAUCAAGCUCUGCCGGCUGAAGUAUAUCGAGGACAAUUAAUGGACAACAACGAAUUUGACAAGAAAAUUCGACAUAAUAUCGGCGGAUUCCUUUCAGUAAGCUCUUUUCUUUCGACAACACCACUUAAAACCUUGGCUACUGUAUAUGCUGGUGAUGGUACCAGAACAGAGCAUUCCCAGAGUGUCUUAUUUGAGAUUAAAAUUGAUCAAAAUGUUAACAAGUUCCCCUAUGCUAAUAUUUCG